CUGGCCUCGGAAAUAAUCCCUACUAAAUACCAGUGGAGUACCUUCGUUCCUGGCACGAACAGCCCGUCGAACUGAUUCAAUAACCUAACCCUCAUCAGAGAUGAAGGUGGUGGGAUUGGUCAGUGGGGGCAAGGACAGCUGCUAUGCCAUGAUGAAAUGCAUCGAUUACGGCCACGAGAUUGUUGCAUUGGCUAAUUUGUUACCUGCCGAUGACUCGUUGGACGAGCUGGAUAGCUACAUGUACCAAACAGUGGGGCACCAGAUAGUUGUCAGCUUUGCAAAUUGCAUGGGAGUACCGUUAUUCCGAAGACGAAUACAAGGAUCUACAAGGCAUCACAAACUUAGCUACAGUAUGACUCCUGGCGAUGAAGUUGAAGAUUUGUUCAUCCUGUUAAAUGAGGUAAAACGGCAAAUGCCCUCCAUCUCAGCGGUAUCUUCAGGUGCCAUUGCAUCCGACUAUCAAAGAUUACGGGUAGAAAAUGUAUGUUCCAGAUUAGGGCUCAUUUCUCUGGCAUAUUUGUGGAAGCAAGAUCAGUCAUUGCUCCUCCAAGAAAUGAUAAGAAAAGGAAUUGUGGCCAUUAUUGUAAAGGUUGCAGCCAUUGGAUUGAACCCCAGAAGGCACUUGGGCAAAGAAAUUGCGCACCUGGAGUCCUACCUACACAAGCUAAAAGAGCUGUAUGGAAUAAAUGUCUGUGGUGAAGGAGGAGAAUAUGAAACAUUGACUCUUGACUGCCCCCUGUUUACAAAUGCUUGUCUGGUUCUAGACGAAUUUGACAUUGUACUGCACUCCUCAGAUUCUAUUGCUCCGGUUGGGAUCCUUCAUCCUUUGGCAUUCCAUUUAGAAAGUAAGCUGGCAGCUGAUACCGUAAGUGAUAUAGAAAGAAGCAAUGGAUUAUUUUUGGAGAACAUGGAUUCCGUUUGUGAAGUCCUUGGCGACUGCCUACAAAUAUGUGAGGUGGAGUGCCAAUCUGUUGAUCAAAGCUGUGACACAGCCGAGAAUAAGGAGCAUAAAGUCCACAUCUCAAAAACAGGAAUGAAUACUACCGUUUCCAUUUCUUGCUGGUUGCAAGAUUCAUGCAAAACUUCAGCCGAUUUGCAAGAGGAUUUGAGGGUUGUUCUAAUGAAGAUUGAAUCACAACUUGCGGAAAGUGGAUUCUCUUGGGAGAAUGUUCUUUAUGUUCAUCUGUAUAUUGCUGAUAUGUGUGAGUUUGCAAAGGCAAAUGAAACAUAUGUGACCUUUAUUACACAGGAGAAGUGCCAGUUUGGUGUUCCAUCCCGCAGCACAAUUGAACUUCCCCUGUUGCAAACUGGUUUAGGGAGGGCAUAUGUUGAAGUCCUAGUGGCAAAUGAUCAAAGCAAAAGAGUUUUGCAUGUGCAAAGUAUUUCCAGCUGGGCUCCUAGUUGCAUCGGACCAUAUAGCCAGGCGACCCUGCAUAAACAGAUACUUCAUAUGGCCGGGCAAUUGGGGCUUGACCCUCCAACAAUGUUGCUAUGCAGUGGAGGCCCUGCUGCUGAGCUUGAACAAGCACUACAAAAUAGUGAAGCUGUGGCAAAAUGCUUUAACUGUUCGAUAUCGACCUCUGCCAUUCUCUUCGUCAUUUACUGUUCGGCAUGUAUUCCUUUAUCAGAAAGAAUCACUAUUCCGGACACGCUGGAGACAUUCCUGAAGCAAGUGAAGUUGCUUCAUUCAUGUAGUCAAAACAAGUCUGAAGUGCUUGAUUCCAUAUUUUUAUAUGUCCUUGUGCCUGAUUUGCCAAAAAGAGCUUCUAUAGAAGUAAAGCCCAUCCUUUAUGCUGUGGAUGACACGGAAACCUGCACUGGUUCUGUUGCCGAAGUCCUACCUAGCAAAACAGGACAAAGUUUUGGGGGUUUUGGUCAUGAACCCUGGCAUGAUUUUUGCUUUCAGAAAUGUAUUGUUCCUGGAAAACUAUGUGCAGUUAUCCUAUCAAUUACGGAUGAACUUUCUGUGAAGAUCUGCUCAGAGUGUACGGGUGCAAAUCCUGCUGAUGGGGUUUGUCCAAAUUCGCUGACAGAGAGACAGAUGAACAAAAUAGCAAAGUUUUGCAUUUUCCUUACUGACAGAAUCCUUUCAGAGAACCACUUCUCUUGGGAUGAUGUAAUGAAUUUCAGGUUCUAUUACCCAUCAUGUCUGCUCAUGUCUCAUGAAUCAUUGUCGCGCAUUUUCACCGUUGUAUUCGAGGAAUUUGGUGAAAUGACUAAGAGAAUUCAGAUUAGCGAGGAACCAAUUUUCACCCUUGUUCCUGUCUUAGGGGCUGGGAGGUCUGCAACAUCUAUGGUUGACGUGAUUACCUGUGAAUUAUUUGCCCAAAAAAAUCCUUCUCAGAUUUGUGAAACUGGGGAAUUUGAAAGAGCAGAGGGCCUGUUCAAGAUUAAGUGAGGGAACAAGGAAGGGUAUAGGAAGAAGUUGAAGAAAAUCAUGGUGUGUUCAAGGAGAAGAUGAACGCAUGCACAAAAAGAACCAGUGAAAAGUGUAAGUUUUGCUAGAAAUUUAUUUAUGAUGAAUUGAAAUCUUGAUUGUUGAUAUUGAGAAAAAUGAAAGGGAAACAUUGUUCCAUAUUAGCUUAUCAAGUGACUUGGUGUCUACUACCCAACCCUUUUAUAUACUUUGAACGGUCUUCAAUCAUUGGUAUUUCUCUUAAUUGUUCUUAUUUUCUCAUACAACUAAGUUCAUAUACAGAAAAGGAUGAAAAAGAGUUGCAGACCCGAAAAUCAAAUAUCAUUUUGAAGGUCCUCUUGAUAAGCAAAUACGAGCUUUGCUUGCACGGAAUGUUCCCGCUUCGCUUUUGCUCAAUAUCAACAUUUCAUGAUGUAUAAACUUCCUGUUGAUUUUCCAGUUUUUCCAGGCUAUUUUUGUGUUUUGUAGCAUUUGUCUUCUUCAGUUGCUACCGCUUCAUGAACAUUUUCCUGAUAUGCUUCCAAGACAACCCUCCUUCCUCAUGAUGUUGAAUAGAACAUUCAUCAUCUUCUUCGGCUUCUCCAAAAUAGAGAACGCCGCUGUUUUGUAAAAGCUCCAUUGGAAAUUAGAAAGCGAUCGAAAAACAUGUACGAAGACUUGUGAAGAUCCAACUUGUUAUUGUCAUUCAAUUUUGUUUCUUUGGUUUU